AUGGGUUGCUGCUGUUCAACAAGGCCAGAUCCUACAAUAGAAAAGGGUCUUUCAAGCAUGUCUACUAAAUCUCUGAGGUCGGAAAUCGAUAGCAAUACCAGUAUCCCCGAAGUGCCUAUAAGAAGAAAAAAAACAAAGCGCAUGCAUAAGCUCUCAGCAAGGCACACAAGCAAUAUAUCCUCACAACCUUCAUCGCCAGGAGGAAGGCCAAGAUUGUCAGCUUUAAAAGCAAUCUCUACUACUCCCCCCUCAAAGUGAGCAAAUUUAAAAAAAUUUAAAUAUAAAUUUUAUAGAAAUUUGUUUUUGGAUUUAUUUUGCAAAGUUUAAGUUUUAAAAAACACAAAAUUAAACAGAAUUAGCUCGAGAUUUCAUUAUACUAAUAUAACUUAUAUAUCAAAAUGUUUUUCCAUAAAAAAUUUUUGUUCGCUCACAGAGGGUGGGUUUUUUGGCAAAAAAUAGGGAUUUUUCUAAUGGUUUUUGCUCGCGCUUACGGAGGGGGGAGUAAGACAUCCCGCGCAAAUUCUCCUAAAAGCCUAUCCUUCAAAAACUUUUCGCAAAAUUUUUAUAAAGAAUCGAUUAAAAUUAAAUACACGACUGUCAAAAAACUACAUAAAGGAUUUUACGGAGAAACAUUGCUAGCAAACAAUAAAAGGACUGAGAUAAAAAAAGUUAUUAAAGAGUUCAAAAAAUUGAUAGUACCAGAAAAUAUACAUGAAAAAUUUAUAAUGGAAAUCCAAAAAUUUCGAUGCCUGGUAAAUAUUCUAAUUAGCUAGAAAAGCCUAUUAAGGGCAUUUUUUGGUUGGCAAGACAAUAGCUGGCAGGUCAUAUUUUUAGCUUACGAAAUUUAAAAAUGGUAAACCAAAAAAUGUUCUUUUUAAUGGGUUAUUCUUAUUAAACAUGCAUAUAAUUUAGGAUCAUCCAAACAUAGUUAAGCUGCUCGAAGUCUAUGAUACAAGAGAAUGCUGGCUUUUGGUUUAUGAGUUCUUCUCCGGAAGCAGCUUGCUUGAUAAGGCUAAUGAAAUUAUAGGGAAUUCGUUGGCAUGCUCAAUAAUGCAAGAUAUUUUAAGCGGCUUAAAUUAUUGCCAUAGGAAUAAAAUUGUCCAUUUAGGGGCUAAAUUUUGAAAAAAUUAUUUUGGAUUCAAAAGAUGGGAGAAUUAAUUGCAAAAUAAUUGGCUUUUCCUAUCCAUGAGAAUUAGAAGAUUUAGUGAAAUUUAAUGAAGUGGUAAAUUUUAUUUAGACAUAUUUUAUGGCUCCUGAAAUAUUAA